UCUCCGGAGCGUCGCAAAACAAUAUUCAAUUGAGAAUCCGCCCGAAUCGGUGUCCUUGCUGCUGGGGACAUAAUGCGGGAGUCGCCGAAUGUUAUUAUAACUGGCACUCCUGGAGUGGGGAAAACUGUACACUGCGAACAACUGGCACAAGAUACCGGGUUACGGCACCUAUCCGUUAACAAGAUCGCAAAGGAGCGGAAUUGUUUUGAGAAUUACGAUCAAGAAUUGGAAACAUGGGUUGUGGAUGAGGAUAAACUCCUAGAUGCAAUUGAAGAUGAAGUGCUUCAGGGUGGUUACUUGAUUGAUUGGCACGCAUGCGAUUUAUUUCCCAGAUCCUGGAUAGACCUAGUCGUUGUCUUGAGAUGCCCGUCUACAUCAACACAUUACGAUCGUCUUUCAACAAGGGGUUAUCCUGAGUCGAAGUUACAAGAAAACCUAGACUCUGAAAUUUUCGGCGUGCUACUGGAAGAAGCCCAUGAAUCUUUCGAUGAAGAAAUAGUGGUUGAACUGAACAGCGAAAAGGAUGGCGAUGUAGAAAACAAUUGCGCCAGAAUCUCAACUUGGAUGGAGUCGUGGAAACGCACACAGGCCGAGAAUCAGGACUGAGCAAAUGUGGAUAUGUGAUACCUAUAUAUUACGUCCCCGUCUCAGGAUCAAAAUCUUAGGGU